GUCAAGGAUGGAUGAGCUCAGGCAUCAAGUGAAACGAUUAACAGCGCGGGUGGAGAUGGCAGCGUUCAACUUCCAGAAGAGAAAGAGAGGACAGGGAAGUUAUUGAGUGGAAUUAAAAGUAUUUGCUGAAAUCAGGACACUAGUAAAACAUUUUUUUUAUUAUUGAUUGGAAAAGAAACAUUUGUCUACAUAACCUCGCAUUGGAUCAGCUAUGCGGCUUUUGGUCACCGCGGUUCUGCUCUGCUUCCUUCCAACAGAGUUAGUGUGUAUCCAGGUAAUCGUGUCCCAGAGCGAUCGCAGCACGAUGCUGUUUGCCUCGGUGACGCUGAAGUGUGACUACUCCACCUCUGCCAGCCAGCAGGACAUCCUGGUCACAUGGAAGUUCAAGUCCUUCUGCAAGGACCCUGUCCUGGAGUACUUCUCUACUGGGUACCAGGCAGCCCUCCAGCUGAGCCAGGACCCGUCUAACGACUGCCCUGACCGGCAGAGGACGGUCCGCACUGUGGUCCAGAAGAGGGGCUCCCAGGAGACCACGCUAGGGGCGGAGUACAGACUGCGCAAGAUCUCCAUCCAGGACAAGGCAGACCUGGUGAUCAGUGAGAUCAUGUGGUGGGAUCAUGGUGUAUACGUGUGCUCCGUCAACGCCGCGGGAGACACCAGCGGAGACUCGGACCGCGAGGUCAAACUCAUCGUCUACAAUUGGCUGACGGUGCUGCUCAUCAUCCUCGGGGCCCUGGCCCUCCUCCUCCUCUUCUGUGUGUGCUGCUGCCAGUGCUGUCCUCAGAAGUGCUGCUGCUACGUCCGCUGUCCCUGCUGCCCCCAGACCUGCUGCUGCCCCGAGAAAGCGGUGAUGCAGCACAGGAUGAUGAAGGACAUGCAGAAAGCCAUGACGGGGCAGUAUGGAUACGGCCCCAACUCCUCCCAGAUGAACCCACUUCUCUACGGAGGUUCAGUCUCUGGUAAGAGCGGCUCCAUGUCCCCCAUGCCCCUGCCCCCCCCGCAAUCCAUUGCCUACAGCAUGCCGCCCCCUCCCAGCAUGCACCACCCCGGCAUGCCCCCCCCCAACAUGCACCACCCUGGCAUGCCCCCCCCAGGCAUGCACCACCCUGGCAUGCGCCAACCCAGUUUCCAUGGCAACGGCAGCCCUGCCGGCACCAAUCAGAUGCUGGACUACCUGGAGAAUCAGAUGAGGGGGAUAGACAUGACCAGCCCUCUGCUACAACCACAGAUGCCACCCCCUCAGCAUAUGCCCCAAUCAGUGCCUUUCUCCGCCGGGCCUCCCAGCAUGCUCUCUGGCCUGGGCGACGGGCCAGUGGAACGGCGCGUCCUUCAGCUCCCACCAAUCUCUGAGCAGCCUGGCAGAAGAGGCCCACCCCCCGGACCCAAGUCCCGCCCCCCCAGCUCCAGCGAGAGCAGCCGUAGCGGGUACAAUCGCCGUGACAACCAGGCAGGGGGCGGGGGCCGGCAUUACCCCUCCCCCACAAGGUCCCGGGGCCUUCCCCGGAGCUACAGCGAGGAAUCGCUGGACGGUGGGCGGAGCCAGAUGGGCGCCAACCUGGCGUCGCGCCCACGCUCCCGUUCCCGUGACGACCUGAUGGACACGCGCCGUGCGCCCUCUAGCCGGGGGGGCUACUCCCCUCCGUCACGCCGUCGGGGGUCGUGGAGCUCCGAGGAGGAGGACAGCAGCAGCAGGAGGGGUGGGCGCGGGGCCAGGGGGAGGGGCUCGGUGGAUAAGCCCCCCCACUACACAGAGUACGAGCCUGGACAGAAGCCUGGCAGGAACAACCAGCGUUACUCUGACAAGAGUUCCCGCAGUGGCACCAGCAUAGUGAUCUGACAGGCAGCUGACACACAGCGCCCCCUGGAGGACCACAGGCACACAGCCCCCCAACCAGCCCAUCCCUGCCACUGCAUCCAACCAGGCAUGAGCUCUUGCUGUUUGUGAUGUCUUCAUUCUGAAACCCUCAGCUUCACAACUCCAUCUGUGGGGUUGUGGUGAGCACAGUUAGCCCCCUCUACUGGUUAGAGGGAGGCAGUGCAGCCAUCUGAGUUUUAUCCCUUUUUUUGUUGAGAAAAACUAAAUAGUGUGUGCAGUUCAUUCAAGCUAGACUCAUGUUAAGCUCAGCAGUGGCGCUCUCCAAAUAUUUUUGUCAGAUCUCUCCAAAUCGCCAGUCCUUGUGUUGUAAAGGUUUAUAAAAUGUGUGUAAGGAGAGGGUGUUUCCAGUAUCAUGCAAUAUUGUUUUCUUAUUACAUUGCAAUUGAAUUGGUUUGAUGUUUGUUUUUUUUUACUAACGAUGCCCAAGAUAUGUUGUAGCCCAAUUGUUGACCUUAAUUCUUUAUGUUGCCACUGCUUGCUCACAUAAAGUGAAACAUCAUCAGGUAAAUUUUACUUUUUAUUUCAGUGCCAUAAGUGUGUGGUCUAUCUACUUUGUAAAUAGCUGUCAUUAUGUUUUACGUGUUCUGUGUGUAAAGAUGUUGCAUAAUUGUUAUUUUUUUACAUUUUAGUUUAUUCCCAAAUUCAUCAUUGUGGGAGUUAGAAUAAUAUAAGACAUGAAGGAAUUUGAAGUAAGAAUAUGAAGGUGUUGUUGGGUCUCUGAAAUUAAAUGGCAAAUUUAUGAAAUCAGGCAACAAGUAGGCCUCUGGCAGUGGUGGUGGUUAAUGUAACCUGUGUCCCUUUUACUGGCAUUGAAGGAUAUUUUCAAUAAAGCUAUUUUAUUUA